AUGAAGAAGAAAACCAACCACCACCUCCAUCACCGGAAUAAUCGCAGCCGGAGCAGCAACAGCAGCAACACCAACAACAACAACUCGGUGUUGGGUAUAUUACAAAGCGUAAUCUUCUGUCGCCGCCGUCGUUUCCGCGGCCAGCUCCUCCCCUUCAUCUCCGCCGUGGGGGGUUGUAUUCUGUUUUUCUUUGCCAUUGUUUCAUUUCUGUCACCACCGAUCAACCACCACCAUGUCCACCAUUUCCGUUACAACCAUAGCUCGCUUGAUGACGAAAUCGAUUUCCGGUCAAAUAUUGGAAAUACAUCAACUUUUCUCAUUCCCAGAGCAGGUGGGAGUUUAGGAGAUGAAAUUUGGAGGUCGACUCAAUCACAAUCAUAUUAUGGUUGCUCCCAAAAAAGCGAAAAUCAUCAAGAUGUGGAUGCAAAAACAAACGACAGUCGGUUCUUGAUGAUCGUUACGAGCGGUGGUUUAAAUCAACAACGAACCGGAAUAACGGAUGCUGUUGUUGCAGCUUAUAUACUUAACUCCACGUUAGUUGUUCCCAAGUUAGAUAACAAAUCAUACUGGAAAGAUCAAAGCAACUUCUCCGACAUUUUUGAUGUUGACUGGUUCAUAUCGUAUCUCUCAAAAGAUGUUAAGAUAGUAAAAGAGGUUCCAAUGAUCGAGGGAAGAUCCAUUCAUCCAUAUCAAAUGCGUAUACCCCGCAAAUGCGAUCCGGAAUGCUAUCAUUCUCGCGCACUACCUCUUCUCGAGAAGAAAAAGGUUGUUAUGCUUACGAAAUUUGAUUACAGGCUCUCGAAUAGGUUGGACCCCGAUUUACAGAAGCUGCGGUGUCGAGCUAAUUAUCAUGCUUUGAGGUAUACGGAACCGAUUUGUGAAAUGGGUGAGAAGUUAGUCGAGCGAAUGCGGAUGAAAAGCAAGCGUUUUAUCGCGCUACAUUUGAGAUUUGAAUCGGACAUGCUCGCGUUCUCCGGGUGCUACUUUGGAGGUGGAGAUAGAGAAAGGGAAGAACUAGAACAAAUCCGAACGAGAUGGGAAACUCUACAUAAACGAGACCCUGAUAAGGAACGAAGGUUAGGGCGAUGCCCGUUAACGCCAGAAGAAGUCGGGCUAAUGCUAAGAGCGUUAGGAUACGGGGAGGAUGUUCACAUUUACGUGGCUUCUGGUGAAGUUUACGGAGGCGAAAACACCUUAUCGCCAUUGAAACAACUUUUCCCGAAUUUUCAUUCUAAGGACACUAUCGCAACGAAAGAGGAGUUGGCACCAUUCGCACCCUAUUCUUCUCGUAUGGCCGCUCUAGAUUUCAUCGUUUGUAAUGCGAGCGACGUUUUUGUCACCAACAACAAUGGUAACAUGGCGAAAAUGUUAGCAGGGAGAAGGAGAUACUUUGGCUACAAGCCAACCAUCAGACCGAACGCCAAGAAACUUUAUCGAUUGUUCUUGGAUCGCGGUAACAUGACAUGGGAAGAAUUCGCAUCACGGGUCCGAACUCAUCAGAUUGGAUUCAUGGGACGACCAAACGAGGCUAUGCCAGGAAAGGGUGAAUUCCAUGAAUAUCCAAUCGUAUGCAUAUGUGAAGAUUUAAACACCCAAAUUCAAAAUCGUAGCCAAGGUCUGAGCCAAAACCAAAGUGAACCGAAUAACCACGAUGUUCAAGCAAACAAACGCGAUAGAAAUGAGUCGGAAAGCGUAGUCAAGGAGCAACAACGAGGGAAUGAAGAACACAACAAUUCAUAUACACAACAAAUCGAGAACGGAAACGGAACUCGAGUUAAAGAAUUGCUAAGAAGAAACAAAAAUGAUUCGGAUUGCGGAUUGGAAGAAGGUCAUCAGACUAACACUUAG